AUGACGUGGUUGCAUGGUAAUCCAUGUUAUGAUCGAGAAACGUUAGCACCGCAGCGAUGCGUGCCUGACUUCAUUAACGCUGCGUUUAACCUCGAAGUUGAGGUGACGAACACUUGUGGUGUGAAGCAUCCAACCAAAUUUUGUGUUCAGUCAGGUCACUCAGCUGCGCGAAGUGUCUGUGAUACUUGCGAUGCAAGGCAUCCGGCCUUCGAACAUCCAGCGCGAUAUCUAACAGACUUUAAUAACGCUAAUAAUGAAACUUGGUGGCAGUCUGAGACUAUGAACGAAGAUAUGCAGUAUCCGAAUAGCGUGAAUCUAACACUCACACUUGGUAAAACCUUUGAUAUCACUUACGUCCGACUAAAAUUCAUCUCACCUCGACCGGAGUCGUUUGCUAUCUAUAAGAAAACAUCAUUGGACGAUGAAUGGGUACCGUGGCAGUAUUACUCUGGAUCCUGUCGCGCUACAUAUGGCCUUCCGGACAAGGCUCCUAUACUUCCUGGUAAUGAAGCCGUUGCUCAGUGUACUAAGCAAUGGGUAACUGCUUCCGCCAUCAAAAUUGUCCUGAAUCGAAUGAACACCUUUGGGGAUGAAGUUUUCGGGGAUCCACAAGUUCUUCGAAGUUACUUCUAUGCGAUCUCUGACUUUGCUGUCGGAGGAAGGUGCAAAUGUAAUGGCCAUGCAUCGGAAUGUGUACGAUCAUCAAGCGUGGACGGUGAGAAUCGACUUGUUUGUCGAUGUGAGCACAAUACCCAAGGUGCUGAUUGCGACCAGUGCUUACCCUUCUACAACGACCGACCAUGGCGACCUGGAACAGCUAAUGAGGCAAACGAGUGCAUUGGUAUGACUUGCCUGUAG